GGUCCAAUUCAGCACCAUCAGUAACGCUCUUCUUUGAUUCGACUACCGUUGUAAAUUCUCAGCUCGCGGAAUCAAGCAAGGAAUGUCAAACACCUUGCUGCGCGACGAGGCUAUCUCUUUACUGGCUCAAUUUUCCCAACAUAAGGAACCCAACCUGCUUUUUCAAGCAAUAGCCAUUUUGAGGCAGGCACUAUCGCUCGAAUCCACAUCCCAUCCCGACCGACCUCUUACUCUGAAUAAGCUCGGAUGUGCAUUGAAGACGCAACACGACAUAUCACCGGAUCUCAACGUUCUGAAGGAGGCCAUUGGUCAUCAUCGAGAAUGCCUCCAGUGCAGGCCCAAAGGUCAUGAAAACAGAAUUCAAACCUUGAAUAACCUCGCCAAUGCCCUCAGAGCCCUUCGUGCCUUUGCCGAUGACGUGGAUGCUGGCAACGAAGCUAUAGCGUUGUUAUGGGAAGCCAUUACCACGCUUGACUUCCCUGCAAACAUUCGCAGGGUGUGCAGUUCCAAUCUCCGAUACGCACUGAAUGAACAGUACGCUCAAACUAGCCCUCGCAUCCACGAGGAACAGCUACGCACGCUUAGCAUUGAGCAAACGCUGUUGGCAGCAGCGUUACAGUCAGACUUCCGAGAGCACGCGAUAACUGAAUAUGAGUUGGCACGCACGCUCUAUGACAUUGCAGAUUUUGGUGGUGAUGUCGACAAGACAUUUUCUGGCCUCGAAAAAUCAAUUGGUAUUUUCCGGCGUCUCUAUACGUUGUAUACGCACGGACCAGCUUCCUUUCCUUCUGAAAUCGACCUUUUGGCUGUGGCCGACGCGUUCAGGAAGCGUUUUGAACUCAAACGUGGUGUCGAUGACAUCGACUUUGCGAUUAUGGUAUUGGAGACGUUGCGUGCAUCCACGGACGACGUGCAAAUUGAAGCAUCCAUGAACCUGGCAAUCUGCCUUUCCAGCAAAUUCAAGGCCGUGCCGUCGUUGGGUUUGUUGGAUCGGGCUUUUGGGAUUCACGAAUCCUUGCUUGAACUACCUCUUGAUGCUAUGGAUAUCAAAGAUCGUAUGCAGGUUUUACAUGACAAAGGCUUCAUACAACUGUACCGUUUCCGACAUCUGCAAAGUCGAGGGAAGGUGGACAAGACAUUGCUUCAUGACGCUAUCGAUUUCCAUGUUCAAGCGCUGUCCCUAUAUCCGCUGCCAUAUGAAGAUCGUCAUUACGAUAUGCUUAAUCUUUCCAGCACCCUCCUUCACUUGUUUCGUGCUACUCGGCGAUAUGGUCUCGUCGAAGCACAGGCUGUAGCUAUCGAAAACGUGCAAUCCCUAUCUCCCGACCACCCGCACCUGCAUAUACUCAAGGUACAUCUGGGAGAAAUUAAUCAGCACUUUGACCGAUGGAUUUCGUACCAAGAGGACGCUGUUCCUCUUGAGUACAUGAAAACGGCAAGGUCUGUUAAUGCUCCCAUCGUGCAACGCGUUUGGGCGUUAGAACAUUUAUGCAUCUAUGCCCUUGGGGAGCCCGACAUGCCUGAGGAAGAUGCCAAGCAAACUUUUCAGACGGCCAUAGACCUUUUACAUCAACUUGCAUUCAUUGGAUGGGACCUUGAGUCUCGAUAUCGGCGGCUGAGUUCCAUCGCUACGGUAUUCGCAUGUGAUGGUGCAGCAUGGGUGUUGCGGGAAGGAGACAUAGGACAGGCCGUGGAAUGGCUUGAACAAGGACGGUCUAUCCUUUGGCUGCAACUUCUUCAGUUUCGCCAACCGUUUAAUGACGUAGUCCGGGAAUCCUUGCCGGACGAGCUUGUCAGGCGUGCUAUCGCUAUUGCGAACAAGAUGGAUCGUUCCGAGUGGGAUAAUUCAGAGAGUGCGCUUGAACAGGUGGAUCUUGCAACGCAGUGGGACGCGGUUAUUGCUGAAAUACGGCAAUACGAGGGAUUUGAAGAUUUUCAUCGUACGCUUCCCUUCUCUGAGUUGUUGGCGGUUGGAGAAGAAGGCCCCGUCAUUCUUCUCACAUCCUCUGAGCACUCACCGUACGACUGUGAUGCUAUAAUAUUGGGUCCAAAGGGCUUUCACACGCAUGUAUCGAUUCCCAACUUCAAACACGGCGAUGUAACAAGGCUGCAUGUCACUGUUUCCCAAAGUGUCCCACGACGUAUGGGUAGGGUGCAGGAAGAGAAGAGUGGGAUGCAGUCAGUACUAGAGAUGUUAUGGCAUAACGUUAUCGUUCAUCUCCUUCCCACUUUGGAUUCUUUGGGUGGAGAAAGGAUCUGGUGGUGCCUAACUGGAGCAUGGGUUGGUUUACCAGUGCAUGCUGCAGGAUUAUACGACGAGGACAGCCCUCAAGGUUGUAACCUUCCCAACCACUAUAUAUCUUCCUACAUUCCGACGCUAUCCUCUUUGAUCAAUGCUCGACGACGUAAUACUACGAUUACCAUUCCUAGGACACUUAUCCUUGAUCAGUCACACGAGCUCGAGAAAGUCAAAGUAGAAACUCAGCUAGUGCAAAGCAUCCUGCCUGACGGAUCGACGACGAGAUGGUCGAACGAUGAGGCGGGGGUUCUUGCGGUACGGGAUAUACUGCCAUCAUACUCUUGGGUUCACUUUGCAUGUCACGGUCAUCUUAACGAAGGAAAUCCAUUUCUGAGCGGGUUCAAGCUGUGGGACGGAGUACUUACUUUGUCAGACAUGGUGCGCGCCACACCCCAGGAUCCUCAGUUUGCAUUUCUGUCUGCGUGUAGCACAGCAAUUGCGGCUGACAGAACUCCAGACGAGUCUCUCCAUCUUUCCGCUGCAAUGCAGUUCUUGGGUUAUCGCAGUGUCGUGGCGACGUUGUGGCCGAUGGGAGAUGCACAGGGUCCAAUCGUCACCGAGCAUGUGUAUAGGCACCUGACGGAGAAAGGCGCUAUGGAUGUUAGGCGAGCUGCUUUCGCAUUGCAUUCAGCAGUGAGAGCACUCCGCGACCAAGGAUUGUCGGUGGAACAAUGGGCGCUUUUCAUCCAUAGUGGGAUAUGAUACAACCACGGAGCUGUUCUGAAGCACGUUUGAUGCUACGCUAGUUAGCGGUCUUUCUCCUUGGUUGGUCCCUUCCUUUUCCUUGAAAACUUCGAACCUUGGACGGCAUUCUGAUACUUCUAUGUC